UUAUCUACUGUGAAAAAAAAGUGAAGUGAAUCAGACUCACUGUGAUUGCUAUGCUGCUUGCACGUAUCAGUAUUUAGGCUUUUUUUUUAAUUGGGAAAAGGACAUGUGAAACUUCACUCCCACUGGUUAAAGGGCAAGUGGAUCACAGUCUCCGGUCUGUCACUCUGGACAUCUCUUGAUCUCUGAGGCAGCAACAUACAGCACAAGAUUGGACCGGAUAACUUUUUUAUUUCUUGGAUUUUAUUUUUAAAUAUGAAACAUUUUGAUUAUAAGGCGUUUUAUGUGUGGUUAUAAUAAUGCAAUCUUACACUGAAGAUAAUUAAUUUUUUACUGUGGAGCUGGUGAACCUUCAGCUGACUUCAUAGCAUGUAUGAGGACAGUGUGAAGGUCACCUUUGACCAGGUGCUGGACCAGUUGAGAUGGGUGCUGCAGGUGGCUUCACCUUGGGAGCUUCACUCCCUGUUUCAGAAGAUGUUGGAGACACAGGUCUUCCCCAAUUACCACUACCUGUCACUGAGCGAGGAGGCGCACUGCCUGUCGGAGAGUGCCGGUGCCGGCGAUACGGACCAGGAGGACCUGGCACGCAGAAUGGCACUGCCCAUGUGGCAGAGAUGGGAUACCUGCCAGGGGAUUUUACAGUCAAUGUUUAUCCAGGAAGCAGACUCCAGUUUGGAAUUUACCUCUACCUCCUGUGAGUCAGGUAACUUUUGGGACUCUUGGAACGUGGACACAAUAGAGUGUAACGUUAAAGAGAACACAGACCUUCUCAAUGAUGAGGAUGUUGAUGGUUUUGAUGAGGAGAGCGCCCUCGUCUCUCUCUUCAGCAAUACAGAUUGCUUCCUGGAUCAUGUCAGCAGUGAUCAAGACCAUGGCACUCAAGGAGACACAGAAGAGGUGGAGUUGACCUUAAUGGAGACAGUCUGUUUCCCUCCAGUCUCGGAAAGCGCAACAGAAAAAGGUGAGGCUAUGCUUCCACCACUACUAGAGCAGCCAGACUAUUUUGGGCACGGCAUGGGACCAGAGAAAGUGCAUGUGACAUGUCCAUUUACUGCAUUACCGGUCACCAAAGACUCUGAUCAGGCCCCGGACACGCAGAAGACUGCAGGCAACAGAUCACUGCACAAAAGGUCAAGAUGUCGUAAAUCCCAAUCCAAAGAACCAGAUGGUGCCUUCCCAUCAAAAAGGCCCAAGAGAACCAAACCCACACAAAAGGUCAAAGAAAUCCCAUCAGAUAAUUUGGGAGAUACUCCUGAGAACUUUCAGUCAGUCAGACGAGUGGUCACCUUGUCCAGCCCUCAACAGUUUGUUCCGAUCAGUCCGACUGCUGCCAUAGUUCCCUUCGCCAACAUUGCUAACUUUAACACGGCCACUCUGCUUCCCUCUACUGGCGGUGCUCCAACAUUUCAUAUCAUCCAGACCCAUUCACUAAGCCCUACCAGCCCCACUUACAUUUUGGUACCCACAACCCCGCAAAAGCAGAUGCACCAGAUUGUUCCCCUCUCACCCAUAAGUGGUACGGUGGCCCCAGAGCUCCUGUUGGUCAGCCCAGGGGGCUCGUUAUCAGACAGCGUUAACAGAAGCACACCUCCAGAGCCCAUUACACUAUCAUCUCCCACUAGAGCCAUUGGUUCAUUGGCUACCCCUGAGCGAGGGGUGGCCAGUCCUGGAAGUUCAUCAUCAGACAGAACCACACCUGGAGAAACUGUCACCAUCUCCUCUCCUACUACAGAAACUAACCCUCGUGAAUCAGCUGAUGUUGUUGCCGCAAAUCCCCAACUUGAGCAUGUGGAAGAGGAACCCUGUUAUGUUGGGAGGUACUUGCAGCAUGUGAAGUCAUGCAUGAGAGAGUCCUGUGGUGAGUUGGAGAAGGACAGGAGCAUGGAGUCCCACUACGUCAACGUCCAUCUACUCCAGAGGAAGGUGCUGGUCAAGUCUGGGAAGCACGCCAACAAGUGUCUGGAGAAAGAGAUGGUCAUCCUCAGCGAUGCGGAGCGGAAGAAGGCUACGCUGACCAGGAAACAGGUGUUUGCCGACGGCCAGCUGAGGCAGAAGCAGGUGAUCGCCCUCCUGGGCAAGCCCGGAGCGGGCAAGAGCGCGUUCAUUAAGCGGCUCUGCCUCGACUGGGCCAAGGGCGAACUGCUGCGCUUUCGCUACGUCUUCUCGCUCAACUGCAAGACCUUGAACCUGAAGCGGUCCAACUACAGUCUGAAGAGGCUGCUCUUUGACCUCCCCACCUCUCUGCAGUGCGAGGACCCCGAGGCCGUGUUCAAACACAUGAUCUCCGCUCCCAAAGAGGUUCUCAUUAUUUUCGACAGCUUCGAGGACUUCAAGGACCACGAGGGGCUCCUGCACUCCCCUGCCACAUGCACGGAGGCAGGCGGCUACAGCAUCAAGCAGCUGUUUUCAGGCCUCUUCCUGAAACACCUGCUGAAAGGAUGCACGCUCCUGAUUGCUGCCAGACCAUGUGGCGGCCUAAUGCCCCUGCUGCGCAAAGUGGACAGCAUUUUGGAGCUCUGUGGCUUCUCUCCCGUGGAGAUUGACCUGUAUACCUCACUCUAUUUCAUGGACGAUGCACCGCAUGGUGCCAGAGCCCUGACCAAAAUGAAGCUCCAAAAGUACAUUUAUAGCCUGUGCUCCAAUCCCCUGCUGUGCCGGUACACGUGCUUCCUACUUGACCAUUUGGACAACAACAAGCGCUUCGCCUUGCCCUCAACUCUCACAGGCCUGGCGCUGAGAGUGCUCUCCCUGUGCCUUAAACAGACCUCCCAAGCGCAGGGCAAGGAGACCCCAGACAUUUCCCAGCUGUGUGCGCUAGCAUGGGAGUCCCUCAGUGCGCACAGCACUCUUGUGGCGGAUGAGCAGCUAGAAUCCACAGAACUUAGGGACUAUGGGCUUGCCAGCGAAAUGCUCACCUCUCACACUGUGGGCAAUGCAGACGGAGCGGGUGAGAUGACCGGUCACUCUUUCUCUCAUGCCCUCAUCCAAAACCUCCUGGCCUCCCUGCACCUGGUCCUGUCGGAGAGCGUGAGUGACAAGGCACUGGUCAAUCAGACCAUGAGUACCAGCCGGAGGAGGAGGCUGCAGUGUGAGUGGCUGGGCAUGAUGCAGCAGUUCACCGCGGGCCUCCUGUUCCAGAAAAGCAAGCUCCCCGAGUGUGGCAUCGCACACUCCACCACCACCUCUGGCAGAAGUGCCAAGAAAAAGGCAGUGGAGGCCCACUUGGACUCCCUCAAGUCCGGGGAGAUGGCUCCAGCAAGGCUCCUGGAGCUAUGCCACUGCGUGUACGAAACGGGCAGCAAGAAGCUCGCGAAGCAGCUGGUGAAGAACCUCCCCGACACGGUGAGUCUCUGUGGAGCUCAGCUGACCCCACCGGACGUCUAUGUGCUUUGGUAUCUCCUGCAGGACACCAAGGCCCUGAAAAGGCAGUUCUGCAUCGAUCUGCAGGACACAGGCAUCACUCUCAGUGGUCUGAAAGAGCUUGUUGGACUGAACUGCAUCACAUCCUACAGGGCACCCUUGGCGGAUACCAUUGCCAUGUGGGAAGAGAUACAGCAGAGUGGGGAGUUGGAUCUACUGAGGGGAGCCAUGAACAAGCUCACCCUUCACCCCUUCAAGGCGACACAGGAAGAUCACAUCUGCAAUCUGACAGUGCUCAUUCGUAUCCACCGUGAGAGGAAUUUGCUCUGCAGAGAUUCUGCAUUACUGGAACAUGAUAUACCGGCUAUUAGACAACUCGAGGAGCUUGAUUUUGAGUUGGGUCCCAAUAUUGGCCCUGUGAUCUUCCCAAAGCUCGCUCAGAUCUUACCCACUCUGGGAAGACUGGUGCAUUUAGAUCUUGAGAAAAACAAGAUCGGUGAUUCGGGAGCUGAGCUGCUUGCUGAUGUGUUGAAUUCUUUAUUGUCACUGAAAAAGCUGAAUCUGUCUCAGAACUUAAUUGGAGAUAAGGGACUGGAGAAACUUGCGCCAGCUCUUGCUGCCAUGCCUUCCCUUCAAGGUCUCAGCUUGUACAAUAACCUGAUUGCUGAAAGUGGCGCAGAGAGACUUGCUUUGGUCCUUCCAGAGAUGCGGGCCCUGAUAGACCUUGAUGUUGGCUUCAACAACUUCACUGAUGUUGGAGCGCAGAAGCUGAGCGACAGCCUGAAAUAUUGCCCUUGGAUGAAGUCUCUUGGGAUGUGGAACCAUUACAUACCAUAUGGUAUACUCCAGCAUCUGCAUCAACAGGACAAGAGGAUAAGGAUUCAGCAUUCCUAG